ACCGGUACAGUCAGCAGUACUGUAGGAGGGAUGUUACCGAGGCAUUAUAAUUGUCUUAGCCGCUGCCGGUAAGCUAGCUUUAUUAGCAUCCGCGCCGCAGCUUUUAGCCGUGGCUGCUGUGUGGGCAGCUAGCUUGACAGGUAACCAGCCGACUCAGCGUUUACUCAUGAAGGCAGCUAAAGUAAUGAUGUUAAGUGAAAUUAUCUGCAUCAGAAGUUUCCGUGUGUUUUCAAGCUAAUGCAGCCGUACGUCGGUGGCGUUCUGCCAUGCUGCCCUGGCUCACCUUUGCCGUGUGUCUGACGGCGGUGCUCGGCUUGUUUUUCUGGUCCCGCAAGCAGCUAUCGAUAGUGAUCGCAGCCUGCUCGUGUCGUCCAGCCAUGGCACAGCAGGACGGUGCUGCCAAGAAGAACCCCGCUGUUGCGGCAUUGCACUCUCACUUCAUGGUGGGAUCAGUGUCGGAGGAGAACUCCGAAGAUGAAAACCAAGGGAAGCAAGACAUCCAGCUGGAGGAAAAGGAGACUCGCUCCUGUUCCCCGUCCUCUUGUAGCUCCGACAGCACCUUUGAGAUGGGAUUUGACCACAUUGAUGGCCCGGCGCACAAUCUAAGAUCAAGCAUGUCAGGGCUGCACUUGGUGAAACAAGGCAGAGAUCGCAGGCGAAUUGAUCUCCAGAGGGACUUCACUGUCGCUUCACCUGCUGAAUUUGUCACCCGCUUCGGUGGUAACAAGGUCAUUGAAAAGGUGCUCAUUGCAAAUAAUGGCAUUGCAGCAGUUAAAUGCAUGCGCUCCAUCCGCCGCUGGGCCUAUGAGAUGUUUCGCAAUGAAAGGGCAAUUCGUUUUGUUGUCAUGGUGACCCCUGAAGACCUGAAGGCCAAUGCAGAGUACAUCAAAAUGGCAGAUCAUUAUGUUCCUGUGCCAGGAGGGACUAAUAACAACAACUAUGCCAAUGUGGAGCUUAUUCUGGACAUUGCUAAGCGGAUACCUGUCCAGGCAGUGUGGGCUGGAUGGGGCCAUGCCUCAGAGAACCCCAAACUCCCAGAGCUCCUUCAAAAGAAUGGCAUUGCUUUCAUGGGUCCCCCAAGUCAGGCUAUGUGGGCUCUUGGAGACAAGAUUGCUUCAUCAAUUGUGGCUCAGACGGCUGGCAUACCAACUCUGCCCUGGAGUGGAACAGGGCUGACAGUAGAAUGGACCGAGAACAACCAAAAGAAGAAACUAAUCAACGUUCCCCAUGACUUGUAUGAGCUUGGUUGCAUCCAGGAUGUAGAGGAUGGGCUGAAAGCAGCAGAGAACAUUGGCUUCCCUGUAAUGGUGAAGGCCUCUGAAGGUGGUGGAGGAAAAGGGAUCCGUAAAGUGAACUGUGCUGAUGACUUUCCUAAUCUCUUCAGACAGGUCCAAGCAGAGGUUCCAGGAUCACCCAUUUUUGUCAUGCAGCUAGCCAAGCAUGCCCGCCACUUGGAGGUUCAGAUUUUGGCUGAUCAGUAUGGCAACGCUAUUUCCCUGUUUGGCAGAGACUGCUCUGUGCAGCGACGUCACCAGAAGAUUAUAGAGGAGGCUCCUGCCACCAUUGCCACUUCUGAUGUGUUUGAGGAUAUGGAAAGGUGUGCAGUAAAGCUGGCUAAGAUGGUGGGUUACGUCAGUGCAGGCACAGUGGAGUACCUCUAUAGCCAGGACGGCAGCUUCUACUUCCUCGAGCUCAACCCUCGUCUGCAGGUGGAACACCCUUGUACUGAGAUGGUGGCUGACGUCAACUUGCCUGCAGCCCAAAUGCAGAUUGCUAUGGGUAUUCCUCUUCACCGAAUCAAGGACAUCAGGAUGCUUUAUGGGGUCCAGCCCUGGGGAGACAGUCCCAUAGAUUUUGAGCGUCUGUCAAAUACCCCCUCCCCUCGAGGCCAUGUCAUUGCAGCACGUAUCACCAGUGAAAAUCCAGAUGAGGGUUUUAAGCCAAGCUCUGGGACAGUGCAAGAGCUGAAUUUCCGCAGCAAUAAGAACGUGUGGGGCUACUUCAGUGUUGCAGCCGCUGGAGGGCUGCACGAGUUUGCAGACUCCCAGUUUGGACACUGCUUCUCUUGGGGAGAAAAUCGUGAAGAAGCUAUCUCCAACAUGGUGGUCGCUCUCAAGGAGCUGUCUAUUAGGGGAGACUUCAGGACCACAGUCGAAUACCUCAUCAAGCUGCUGGAGACUGAAAGCUUUCAGCACAACAGCAUUGACACAGGCUGGCUGGACAGGCUUAUCUCAGAGAAGAUGCAGGCGGAGCGUCCUGACACGAUGCUGGGAAUUGUGAGCGGUGCUCUGCAUGUGGCCGAUGUCAAUCUCAGGAACAGUGUGUCUAACUUUCUGCAUUCUUUGGAAAGGGGCCAAGUGCUGCCAGCACACACACUGCUCAACACUGUGGAUGUGGAGCUGAUCUAUGAAGGCACUAAGUAUGUCCUGACAGUGACGCGUCAGUCUCCAAACUCCUACGUGGUCAUCAUGAACAAUUCUUCUGCUGAGGUUGAUGUCCAUCGACUCAGCGAUGGAGGUCUUUUGCUUUCUUAUGAUGGAAGCAGCUACACUACCUACAUGAAGGAAGAGGUGGACAGGUAUCGCAUCACAAUUGGGAACAAGACUUGUGUGUUUGAAAAGGAGAACGAUCCCUCGCUGCUGCGAUCUCCUUCAGCAGGAAAACUCAUUCAGUACACGGUAGAGGAUGGUGGGCAUGUGUUUUCUGGCCAAUGCUACGCUGAAAUAGAGGUGAUGAAGAUGGUAAUGACUCUAACCGCUGCAGAGUCAGGUUGUAUUCACUAUGUGAAAAGGGCUGGAGCAGCACUGGAACCUGGCUGUGUCAUUGCCAAACUGCAACUGGAUGACCCAAGCAGAGUCCAGCAGGCAGAGCUGCACACUGGAGCCCUGCCUUCUAUCCAGGCAGUAGCUCUGAGAGGAGAAAAGCUACACAGAGUCUUCCACAACACACUGGAUCAUCUUGUUCACAUAAUGAGUGGUUACUGUCUUCCUGAGCCUUUCUUCAGUGCUAAGCUGAAAGAGUGGGUGGAAAGGUUAAUGAAAACCAUGCGUGAUCCCUCGCUGCCAUUGUUGGAGCUUCAAGACAUCAUGACUAGUGUGUCGGGUCGUAUCCCCCCUGCUGUGGAGAAGGCCAUCAAGAAGGAGAUGGCUCAGUACGCCAGCAACAUAACCUCUGUGCUCUGCCAGUUCCCCAGCCAGCAGAUUGCAAACAUCCUGGACAGCCAUGCUGCUACUCUUAACAAGAAGUCAGAGAGAGAAGUCUUCUUUAUGAACACACAAAGCAUUGUUCAGCUGGUGCAGAAGUAUCGAAGUGGCAUCCGAGGUCACAUGAAAGCAGUGGUGAUGGAUUUGCUUAGACAGUAUCUGAAAGUAGAGAUCCAGUUCCAGAAUGGACACUAUGACAAGUGUGUGUUUACACUGCGUGAGGAAAACAAAGGCGACAUGGCCAAUGUGCUCAACUAUAUCUUCUCCCAUGCUCAAGUCACUAAGAAGAACCUGCUGGUUACCAUGCUGAUUGAUCAGCUCUGUGGCCGUGAUCCCACACUGACAGAUGAACUUAUGGCCAUUUUGACUGAACUCACCCAGCUCAGCAAGACAACCAAUGCUAAGGUGGCACUACGUGCUCGGCAGGUAUUGAUAGCAUCGCACCUUCCCUCUUAUGAGCUACGACACAACCAGGUGGAGUCCAUCUUCCUCUCUGCCAUUGAUAUGUAUGGACACCAGUUCUGCAUUGAGAACCUGCAGAAACUGAUCCUUUCAGAGACAUCCAUCUUCGAUGUGCUGCCAAACUUCUUCUACCACAGUAAUCAGGUUGUCAGGAUGGCUGCCCUAGAGGUGUAUGUACGCAGAGCAUACAUUGCCUACGAACUCAACAGUGUUCAGCAUCGACAACUGAAGGACAAUACGUGUAUAGUAGAGUUCCAAUUCAUGCUUCCCACCUCGCAUCCCAACAGAGGGAACAUCCCCACUCUAAACAGGAAAAUGUCUGCUCCAAUCCUGGACAAUGCAAAAGCCGCGGCCACUAAAUUACAAGAAACUAAACCCCAGGACCUUAGAGCACGAGAUAGUGAAUCUAAGGAUGAUAUUGCUGAGAAGAAAAAUGCCUCAGAUUUGGAAUCUGUGGACAGGAUGUCAUUCUCAUCCAACCUGAAUCACUACGGCAUGGUGCAUGUGGCCAGCGUGAGUGAUGUUCUGCUUGACACCUCUUUCACACCACCGUGCCAGCGCAUGGGAGCCAUGGUCUCCUUCCGCUCAUUUCAGGAGUUCACAAGAAACAUACCAGAUGUGUUGAGCUGCUUCUCUGACUCUCCCCCUCCAAGUCCAACCUUCCCAGAAGGAGGCAAUCCUGUCCUGUAUGGUGAAGAGGACAACAAGAGCGUCCAGGAUGAGCCUAUCCAUAUCCUGAAUGUGGCUAUUAAGACUGACAGUGACGUUGAUGACGACGGCCUGGCAGCCAUGUUCCGGGAGUUCACUCAGUCAAAGAAAUCACUGCUGUUUGAACAUGGCAUUCGAAGGCUAACUUUCCUCGUAGCUCAGAAGGAUUUCAGGAAGCAAGUCAACUGUGAGGUGGACCAAAGAUUUCAUAGGGAAUUCCCCAAGUUUUUCACAUUCCGUGCCAGAGACAAGUUUGAGGAGGACAGGAUCUACCGUCAUCUGGAGCCAGCACUGGCGUUCCAGUUGGAGCUCAACCGCAUGCGUAAUUUUGCCCUAACUGCCAUUCCAUGCGCCAAUCACAAGAUGCACUUGUACCUGGGUGCAGCCCGUGUGGAGGUGGGCACAGAAGUUACAGACUACCGAUUCUUUGUCCGAGCCAUUAUCCGCCACUCUGAUUUGGUCACAAAGGAAGCCUCCUUUGAAUACCUUCACAAUGAAGCAGAGCGUCUGCUGCUGGAAGCCAUGGAUGAACUGGAGGUGGCUUUCAACAACACGACUGUACGAACUGACUGUAACCACAUCUUCCUCAAUUUUGUCCCUACAGUCAUCAUGGACCCAUCAAAGAUUGAGGAGUCUGUGCGCUCUAUGGUGAUGCGGUACGGCAGCCGUCUGUGGAAGCUGCGUGUCCUGCAGGCUGAGCUGAAAAUUAACAUCCGCCUGACUCCAACAGGAAAGCAGAUUCCCAUCCGCCUCUUCCUUACUAAUGAAUCAGGUUAUUACCUGGACAUCAGCCUGUACAAGGAGGUCACUGAUUCCCGAACGGGACAGGUGGGGCCCAAAGACCGACAGAUUAUGUUCCAAGCAUACGGAGACAAGCAAGGGCCCUUACAUGGUAUGCUCAUCAAUACACCCUAUGUCACCAAGGACCUGUUGCAAUCAAAGCGCUUCCAGGCACAGUCUCUGGGCACCACCUAUGUCUAUGACUUUCCAGAAAUGUUCAGACAGGCUCUGAAAAAGCUGUGGCACUCUAGUCAGGCCUAUGCCCACUUACCCAAAUGCCCUCUUCCCUCUGAGCUGCUCACCUUCACAGAGCUGGUUCUCGACGCCCAAGGUCAGCUGGUGCAGAUGAACCGACUGCCAGGAGGCAACGAGAUUGGUAUGGUGGCCUGGCGGAUGACCCUGCGAACCCCAGAGUAUCCAGCGGGACGUGAGAUCAUCGUCAUAAGUAAUGACAUCACACACAAGAUAGGUUCAUUUGGACCGCAGGAGGACGUGUUGUUCCUGCGAGCCUCAGAGAUGGCACGAGAGAGCGGCAUCCCUCGAAUCUACAUCGCAGCCAACAGUGGUGCUCGCAUUGGCCUGGCAGAGGAAAUCAGACACAUGUUCCACGUGGCCUGGCAAGAUCCAGCUGACCCUUAUAAGGGUUUCAAGUAUCUCUACCUCACACCUCAGGAUUACAAGAAGGUUUCAGCCUUAAACUCUGUGCACUGCGAACACGUAGAGGAUGAGGGAGAAUCCAGGUACAAGAUCACUGACAUUAUAGGAAAAGAUGAAGGCCUGGGUGUGGAGAACCUGAAGGGGUCUGGAAUGAUUGCUGGAGAGUCUUCCCUGGCUUAUGAGGAGAUCAUCACCAUGAAUCUGGUCACAUGUCGAGCCAUAGGUAUCGGGGCCUAUCUGGUGAGGCUUGGACAGAGAACCAUCCAAGUGGACAACUCUCACAUUAUCCUUACUGGAGCUGGAGCCCUCAACAAGGUCCUGGGCAGAGAAGUGUACACAUCGAACAACCAACUUGGUGGAAUUCAGAUCAUGCACAACAAUGGUGUGACCCACACUACUGUUUGUGAUGACUUUGAGGGAGUCUUCAAUAUUUUGCAGUGGCUGUCCUACAUGCCCAUGUGUAAAUCUAGUCCAGUGCCCAUCCUCCAAGCCAAGGAUCCCAUUGAUCGGCUAAUAGAGUUUGUGCCUACCAAGGCUCCCUAUGAUCCUCGCUGGAUGUUAGCAGGACGUCCCAGCCAGACUCCAAAAGGUUCCUGGCAGAGUGGUUUCUUUGACCAUGGCUCUUUCAUGGAGAUCAUGCAGCCUUGGGCUCAGAGUGUGGUGGUAGGCAGAGCCAGACUGGGUGGGAUACCUACUGGAGUGGUUGCUGUGGAGACCAGGUCUGUGGAGCUGUCAAUCCCAGCUGAUCCAGCUAAUUUGGACUCAGAGGCAAAGAUCAUCCAGCAGGCAGGACAGGUGUGGUUCCCAGAUUCUGCCUUUAAAACAGCCCAGGCUAUUAAGGAUCUCAACCGCGAAGGCUUACCUCUCAUUGUAUUUUCCAACUGGAGGGGCUUUUCUGGAGGAAUGAAAGAUAUGUACGACCAGGUGCUGAAGUUUGGGGCCUACAUUGUGGAUGGACUGAGGGAGUACAAGCAGCCAGUACUAGUCUAUAUCCCCCCUCAGGCUGAGCUGAGAGGAGGCUCCUGGGUGGUCAUAGAUCCAACCAUCAACCCCCGUCACAUGGAGAUGUACGCCGACAAGGACAGCCGAGGUGGAGUGUUGGAGCCUGAAGGAACAGUGGAGAUCAAGUUUAGAAGGAAGGAUCUGGUGAAGACCAUGAGGAGAGUAGAUCCAGUCUACACGAAUCUGGCUGAACGAUUGGGAACCCCAGAGCUGAGCCCGCCUGAUCGAAAAGAGCUGGAGACCAAGCUUAAGGAGCGUGAGGAGUUUCUGUUACCCAUCUACCAUCAGGUGGCUGUGCAGUUUGCAGACCUUCAUGACACUCCAGGUCGCAUGCAAGAGAAGGGCGUUAUCACGGAUAUCCUGGAAUGGCAGACGUCACGUCAGUUCUUCUACUGGCGCCUGCGACGCCUGCUGCUGGAAGACACCGUGAAGAGGAAGAUCCAAGCGGCUAACAGUGAGCUGACAGACGGCCAGAUCCAGGCAAUGCUGCGCCGCUGGUUUGUGGAGGCUGAAGGGGCUGUUAAGGCUUAUCUGUGGGAUAACAAUGAAGAGGUGGUGGCAUGGCUGGAGAGGCAACUAGCUGAAGAAGAGGGCGCGAGGUCCGUCAUCGAUGAGAACAUCAAGUACAUCCGCCGGGAUCACAUCCUCAAGCAGAUUCGCAGCCUUGUUCAAGCCAAUCCAGAGGUUGCCAUGGAUUCCAUUGUGCACAUGACCCAGCACAUCUCACCCACACAGAGAGCUGAAGUGGUGCGUAUCCUGUCCACUAUGGAGACGUCAUCCUCCUCCUAGCGGGAGCCUGGCCUCUCCUUCUCGCCUGGCUGAAGCACUGCUCAGGCCACAACCACAGCCAAAGCAGCCUGGUUCAGUCAGAUCUGCUCCUAUCUGGGGCCUGGGCUGGAAACUCAGACUGGAGGAGCCAACGUGAUGGCCCUUGGCAGCUGCCAGGUUACUGAUGAAUCGUUGGCAAUGAUUCUCACUUAGCAAGAGUUUAGGUGUUUGACAUCAGUUGUAACAUUUUGUAAACUGACUUACAUGUAGGUUAGUGUUUAGAAACAUUGAUGUAUUUUGUAUUAAAGUGCAAUUAACAAAUGUCAAUACAGACAUAUCUAGUGACUAAUAUUUUUAAUAAUGUGUUUGGAGUUUACACAGUUGGCUCAAAAGGAUGUUUAUGCUUCCAUGAUAAUCAGUGGCCUCCAUCCUUUUAAACUGGAGUGUGCACAACAGUUAAUUAAUGUUAUUGUCCUGUUAAAAUGCACCUUGGUUUGUGACAUAUGCUUGUUAAGAUUUGCAAGUGUUUUGAUGACCAGCUUGACAAUGACAAUACAUAGGAGGGAGUUAGCAAAAAAGGGGGUUUUACACUCCCAAAUAAGGAGCACUUAGUUACUGAACAAAGACGGGGAGCGCUGUAACAGUUUUGGACAGGGCCAGCCCAGCAGGGAGCAGGAACAAGGUCCCUUUUAGACCCUGACUGUUUCACAGUUACCCUGCAGUGAGCAAUGGGCAGCUCGCCUCACAACAAAACCACAGCUGUCCCUUCUGUUCUCACCCACAGUACAUGCUGCUUUAGAGGCACUUUAGUGCUUACUGUUCCCUUACAUGGCACCUAGAAUCAAAUCUGCACAGUUUUCACUGUUGCACCUAGUAUGCAAACAUGCACAAAGUGGCACACGCAUAUGGAGUGGAUAAUAGAGAACUGAGAACGGUACUCACAGUGAAUAAUAGCAUGCUUGUUUAGAAUGAUGGUCUUUGCUCCCUUUGGUUAUUUUUGACAGCUGUUGCUCUUAAAAGCAGCACCAUAGCUGUGUGUUUUUUAACUAAAGAAAUACACUUGAGUUAGAUAGCCAAAUCAUUACAUGUCUGCUGACAGAACAAAGGAUACUGUUCACUUGACUUACACGUUACAUGUUGGAUAUGGUGUCUAAUUUUAGCUGUAAUCCUCAGACUCUGUUCUAUUUAAAGUUUGUAUGUCAUGUAUAUGAAAAGUUGCUUAUUUUUAUUAUUAAUUUUUGAACAGUUUGAAUCACAUAUAACUUCUCUUGACUACUUGAGUUUGUUACUAAUAGGGAAAUUAUGGAAACUGUAUCAUAAAGAGAAGAGUAUUUAAUGAUGGCAAAACAGCAGCAUAUUGUUGAAUUCCAUCCUUGAGAUCAUUGUGUCAUAUGCUCUGUUGACAAAAAAACAAUGUGAAAUGGCUUCAUGGUCAGUGCUGUGCCUUUCGUGUGCCCACAUUGACAUGUUGUCCAGUUGCUUCAUAAGUAACUGGUCGUUUCCUUUUAUAGGGAUGAAGAAUAUUUACUGAUAUGAGCUUCAAAUGUGUCUGCAGAUUUAAUAAAGCUUACUCAACUUAC